AGGAGGCGCUGCGGAAACAGUGGGCGAAGAUGGCGUCGGGAAAGAAGGGAGGAAACAGCAGCCUUGAAAAAGGUUUGAAUGGAAGACGUUCGUCAAAACAUAAAGAGGGGCCAAUAGAGAGGAGACAGACAAGGACAGAACCAUGAACCAGGACACGGUGAUGGACACUAAGGCGGUGUUUACUGCUCUGUACAGUGUGUGUGAGGAGAAUGCUACAUUCUUUUCUGAGGGUGCUAAGGGGUCCCAGGGGGGCGCUGCACAGCGACUGGUGGACACCAUGACCCUGAUCCAGGAGCACGCCCGCAGCCUGGAACCUGUCAUCUCCGGCUUUGCUGCUGUCUACCACCACUUUGACUUUGACCCACACAUACCAGCCAAUGGAUACCGCUCUCUAGUCAAGGUGGUGCGCUGCUGCAUUCUCCACAUCAUCCACAAGGGGCGCUACAUCUCCACCAACCGACGCAGCAUCUUCUUUCGGACGGCCCACAACGCAGGGGAGAUGGAGGCCUACUGCUCGGCCCUUUGUCAGCUGAGAGCCCUGCUCUACCUGGCCCAGCGACUGCUGCACGACAACAGCCACGGGAACCUCUUCUUCCACGAGGAGAGCGGCCUCAGCCAGAGCUUCAUCCGGGAGUACUCCUCCAUGCACAAGGGCUGCUUCUACGGACGCUGCCUCGGAUUCCAGUUCACUCCAGCCAUCCGUCCCUGUCUGCAGACCAUAGCCAUUGGCCUGGUGGCUUUUGGAGAGAACUACAGGCGCCACCAGUCAGGCAUUGGUGUAGCAGCCAGCUCCUUCUUUACCUCAGGGAAGUACGCCAUCGACCCGGAGUUAAGGGGGGCGGAGUUUGAACGCAUCACUCAGAACCUGGACGUCCACUUCUGGAAGGCCUUUUGGAACAUCACAGAGACUGAGGUUCUAUCUAGUCUAGCCAGUAUGACGUCCACCCAGGUGAAGGUGAACCGUGCCCUCUCAGUGCCCCCUGUGCCCUUUGACCUCCCGCUGGUCACUGAUCCCCACCUCACUGUCACCAUAGAGGCCCCGUCGGCCCACACCGGCCCUGGCCCCGUACAGAUGAGGCUGAUCUCCUUCGAGCUGAGGGAGGGACAGGACAGUGAGGCGUUGCUGUCCCUGUCUCGUUCUGAGGGGGGUCCUAUCUCCCUGUCUCUGGGAAUGAAGACCAAGCAGAGCCCCCCUUCUCGCUGGCUCCUGGUGCACUACCACGGAGGAGGCUUUGUGGCUCAGACCUCCAAGUCUCACGAGCCGUACCUGAAGAGCUGGUCUCAGGACCUGGGUGUGCCCAUCCUGUCUGUGGACUACUCUCUGGCCCCUGAAGCCCCCUUCCCCAGGGCCCUGGAGGACUGCUUCUACGCCUACUGCUGGGCCAUCAAGAACCACCAGCUGCUGGGUUGGACGGGGGAGAAUGUCUGUCUGGCCGGUGACAGUGCUGGUGGUAACCUGUGUAUUACAACAUCGAUGCGCGCUGCAUCUCACGGCGUGCGGAUGCCGGAUGGCAUCGUAGCUGCCUACCCUGCCAUCCUGCUCACCGCCUAUGCCUCGCCCUCCCGCCUGCUCACCCUCUUUGACCCCCUACUGCCCCUCAGUGUGCUCUCCAGGUGUCUCAGCGCCUACGCAGGUGAGGAGCCCCAGGCAGAGAAGCAGGUGGAGAAGGUGAGCACUCUGAGCAUGGUGAGAAGAGACACGGCCCUGCUGCUCAGAGACUUCAAACAGGGAGCUUCCAACUGGAUCCACUCCCUACUGGACCCCAACAGAGCCGCUGCCACGGCAUCAACAGACACGUCUUCGUCAGUGAGGAAGAGUGUGUCUGAGGCAUCCAUCAGCUCACCCCACUCGGACCCCCCCGUGCCCCCUGAGCAUCCCUUUGACUUCUCCCUGAGGAGAGAGUCUCUGAAGAGCCACACCUGCCAGGACCUGGCAGGCCACGCCAACUCCACUCCCGCUGCUGCCCCCACCACUCCUGCCCACAAUGCAAUGGUGUUCCCCGAACCCACGCCUGACAACGUGAGCUUCUUCCUCUCCAAAGAGGAGGCGGUGUCCAUGUCGGAUGCUCUGUCCUCUGUAGCCAUAGCACCCCCUGAGGGGGAGGAGGGCGUGGUGCUGGAGCACCCUCGGGAGUUCCCCCUGGGCUUCGAACCGCUGCGCUCUGAGCGGCUGGCUGAGAUGAAGCUGGCCACCUCGCCUGUUGUCAGGAACCCCUACAUGUCUCCUCUACUGGCCCCCGACAGCAUGCUGAGAGGACUGCCUCCCAUACACCUAGUGGCCUGUGCGUUAGACCCCAUGCUGGAUGACUCUGUGAUGUUUGCCAAGCGCCUGAGGAACGUAGAUCAGCCAGUGACCCUGUGUGUGGUGGACGACCUCCCCCACGGCUUUCUCAGCCUAUCACAGCUCUCCAGGGAGACUAGGGAAGCGGCUAACGUCUGCGUCAACCGAAUCAGGGACGUCUUUAACCAGAAGGACUCGCCCCAGGAGCCACGCAUGCACCGCAAGCUGGAAAGGACCAAUCAACGUGCUUCCUCUGUCGCCACGGGUGACCCAGAGAAGCUUUUUGCAGCACCCAUUCAAGAGGAGGAGGAGCUGCUGGUGGCCAGGGGAGGGGCUCUAGUUCAAGAUGGGGAGGGGCUAGUUGGUGUGGCAGCACAGAAAAACAUAGACAUUGUGGGAUAAAGGCAUAAUCAGGGGUUUGCUAGAUGAGUACCAUCUGUUAAAGGAUUUAAAAGAGAUGGAGAAAAGGGGGGGAUUUUGGCCAUAUGAAGCCUGGGAGAGGAGAAGAGAAUAGAGUGAAGGAAAAACAGCAGGAGAAGGGAGUUGGUAGCGUGCCCAGUUUUGGAGAGACAGAAUAAAGCACCCAUGGAUAGAGAGGACAGCAAGUACUAAUUGCAACCUCUUCAGCUUUCAAACUCUCAAUUGCUGUUUAGCACCAUGCACGGUGACAUGUUGACCACACACACACUAAACCAUUUUGCCUUUUGGGUUGCUGCAUUGUACUCGGUGUAGAACUGUGAGUUUGGAGCCUGGACAUUAUAAAACAGCACAGAGCGUUGUGGUGAAUGGUCGAUCCAUCUCCCUAUAGAAGACUAUUCCAGUCCCUAAUCAGAUGAGCUCCUACAUAGUGCCAUCACAACUUAAUGGCCACUUGUUUUUUAGGGAGCCGCUCUAAAUCAAGCUUAAUAACUGUAGAACUCUGAGGUCUGUUAAACUAGUUGGUUGUGAAUACUGCCGCUGUUCGGUCACUUACUCUGCUGAUUGGCCCAUCAAUAGGGUGCUGCAGCAUUGGAAACAACAAACUUAGAAACUGUAAAGAUUUGGUAGUACCUUGAAAUUGUUAACCAUAAUAGAUCUUAUUAUGCCAUAGUAUUCCUUGUUAUUUGUAUUUAUUGUGUGUGUGUGUAUAUAUAUAUUUAUAUAUACUCGUAUUGUAUUUUUAUUUUAAUCCUGGAUCAUAGUUAUACCUGUUUGUUCAAGGCUUUUAAGAGCAUAUUGUGAGGUGGAUGCUAAGUUAUGUUCCUAGCUGUGUAGUGCCAUACUCUGGCUGCUCAUUCCUAGUUGUUCAAAGUAGCCAAAUGUUAACCUCUAUCACUGUAGUGACUAGUGGUCAGCUAGUCAUUACCCACCCAACCAGUCACCUCAGUGAGAUGUGGCUGAGGGUUGAUAUUAUUAUAUUAUGGUCUUUAUAUUAUACUGAUAUAUUAUAACUAUCCAAUCAUAAAUAGCUAAUGCAAUAUUAUAGCUGCAUUUUCACCAGUGCAAUCAACAGGAUUCAGUGGAGCCAUAAUUAUAUUGUGCUUGGAUUUAAGUACACUGUUGGGGGGUAAAGCAUCAAGUCACACAGUAAUUUUUGUUUAGAUCAUUUUUAUUGACACACAGUAAUUAAUUAUGAUUUUAAGUCUCUUGUGCUCAGCCUUUGUUUGUUGCCAUCUAAAAGCAAUCACUUAGCUGUCUAUAAACGGACUGCCUUUAGAAGCACAUGUUUUUUAAAAGACUGGAAAUCCUUUCUCUAUUUGCACAGUGAAUAACUUCAAUAAGAAAGCCUGAAGCAGACGGAGGCACUGCCCAUCUCUUCAUACUAUCUGUACAUCACUGCACUGACUGCCAAAAACUCAGCCCUCUAUCCCAGGGUGCAGUGCAUUACACUGCCACAGCCCUUGAGCCAGGGGACAUCCUGCUUGCUGACCCAUUUUUGCACCUCCGUCCAAAUCACAGAGGAUCCAUUCUGUUCCAACAGCCUGUACCGAGCGAGCAGGAGAAUCUAGAACAAGCCUGAUAGUGAGUUCAUACUCACUGAACAGGUGACUUCUCUAGUUAGAGAAUAUCUUUCUGUGUACCUUUUAGGACAUUCUACAGUGGCUGACUGACAACCUGUGUUCUACACUAUCUUUACCCUGUGCAAAUACUCAGGGGCUGAUGCUACAACUACGUUUUGACUGAAUCUGAUAUGAUACUUGAUAUGGCCUCUGUCUAGCUUGUUGAGAAUGAAUGAUUCACAUUGGAGUGAAAGCCUUUAUCUAAAUAUAAAUGACAACAACCUCACUUCUGGUGCUGUCCUUGUCUGGUGGUCACAGGCCUGGGUUGCCAGAUCUGUUGAGAAUUAUGCUGGUUGAUAAGGAUAGCUUUUGGCUGGAUUUAACCCCGUCCCUCACCCCCCAGAAGAGGAGGGUUUAUCCAGCACAAGGUCAUGAUAUAGUAUUAUGAUUCACUGUCCUGUUUGCUGCCAGUGCUUAUUGCAGCGUUUUGAGGCAGGCUGAUAGAAAUGAAGAGAGCUGUUAAGUGAUUCCUUGGAAGACCUUCAAGGUUCUUGUUUUUAGAAGUCUUGUGUUUAAUGGUUGAUGGUUUUAGACGAUCAUCUCACACUUUCUUUGUAAGUUAAGUGUAACUGUGUGUCUGUGUUUAGUGCCGUGUGAGGUGUCUGGUAAGUGGAUUCUGUAUGCGUCUAUCAAUGACUCUUAACAUUGCACGUGUUUGUCAGUGCGUGUGUGGGUGGAACAUCUACCAUCUUUGAAACCAUGAUUGUGUGUUUUUAAUUGCAGCAGUAAAGCAGCACGCGGGUGUAUGGGGCCAUGAGUUGCAACCCAAGCCCCUGAAUCUCAUGGGUGUUGUACAGUACACUAUUGUUUAGCCAAGCAGGACUUCUGAGAUCCCAUUUAACACUAUGCAUUCUGUCAGCCAUCCAUUGCUAUGAUGCAUUACAAGGUCCUUGAUGAAUACAGUUCUCAUUGUGCUCUAGCAACAUAACUGAUCAUGCAUAUUGAGAUUUAGUAGCCUGGCGUCUCCAUUGCCAGAGUAGAUAUCAUAACCCCACACACACACCCAACGAGCACCACUCCAGGCCCUAUGGGAUGCCCUGAAUGGCUCCUAUAGACUACUAGCGCACCCAAUGAGCAAGGCUAGUACAGCCCUCUGACCUAUCUAUGGAACUGUGUAAUGGUGGGUUAGCACCGCUUGGUGGUUUAUGACCAAAUAAUUUUUAUUUGGGUUGUGGCUUUAGACCAGGUCCUGGUCAGAAACAUUGCUCUUGUUUUCUUGGUGGGUCACAAUAAAUGAUUUUAUAUGGGUCACAGUGCAAUAAGCUGCUCUUUUAAUGGCUACCAAUCGUUCACCUGAUCUGAGAGGAGGGCACUGCACAGGAGAAAUCCAUGACAUGGUGCUAGCCCAUUAGUCUCGUGAGGUUACCACCAUCUUGUUUUCACCUUACUAGUCUAAGUUGUCAGGAAAGGGGAGGAGCCAUUUGAGGGCAUUGGAACAUGGUCUCCCUCCACAUGUGGGCAACCACUGUUUCUAUGCCUCAAUUUAAAAAAUAAAAUAACUUUUUAAAUUAAUUUUUAUCUUUAUUUAACUAGGCAAGUCAGUUAAGAACAAAUUCUUAUUUUUAAUUACAACCUAGGAACAGUGGGUUAACUGCCUUGUUCAGGAGCAGAACGACAGAUUUUUACUUUGUCAGCUCGGGGAUUAAUUCUUGCAACCUUUCGGUUACUAGUCCAAUGCUCUAACCAUUAGGCUCCCUGCUGCCCCUACUUGCCGUUUGAUGCAUCAUGCAUUAGCAUUUGUGUGCGUGUUGCCGCGUUCAAAACAACUUGCCACUCUGAAAAAUAUGAAGUCAAAUCAUGACGUUGGUUAUCUUCAGGUCGGAGCUCUAGAAAGAGGCCCAAGAUUCCAAGUUUGAUGAAGGUUCAAAUACAUUUUCAGUCUUUUUCCUCGAUUUCACAGUUUAGAACGCUCGGAAGUUGGAGAAUUUCUAGUUCCUAGUUGUUUUGGGGAGUGUGAUCCUCAUUUUGGUCUUGAAAUGCAAAAUGGCUGAAGUGGUGUGGAGUGGCUUUGUGUGUUUUGAUUAUACAUCAUACCUCAACCAUUUCCUUCAUGUAUAGGCUAUUUACACUGGAUUCAACAUCUCUUAGCCCUGGGAUAUCUUUAGCUCUAGGCUAACCUGAAACAUGCAGUGUGAAAAGCCUAUUAGUACGUCAACAUAUUAUCUAAAAGCUGUUUAGGUCAAGUACCCGGUCAAAUGUUUCACCACACAGCUAUGCAGUAACACACCAGCAUCCUUUACUAGAUUUUGUCUCCUGUCUUUGGUGAGCCGUGUCUCCUUUUUCAAUCGAAAAUUUGGUCACUUACUUGGUUGAAAUGCUUUCGAUUAACCCUGAGGCUAGAGUUAUGCAAGGCUAUUUUCCAUUUGGUCAUUUAGCAGACGGCAUACCACUUAGUUUGCCGAGAGCAUUAUGCAAUCUACACAAUCUGGUCACUUGAGAAUACUUGAAUGGAACUGAUCUCGACUGCCUGCUUUGCAGAAUGUGUUCGUCUUGAUUGGAAAUAAUUUUAUUUUCUAUUAUUUUGUCCCACUUAGACCAGGGGUUCUAAAAGUGGCGUCUGGAGGUACUGCAGGGCAUCCGCGGCCAGACGACAUUUUCGCCAAUUAUACAUUUUUCAACUCCGCUCUCCCCCCCCCCAAAUGUUUUGUUGUACAUAAAUGCACUUGAAUUUAAGCUUCUUCUUUUUUUCCUCUGCCUCAUGGCAAUGUGUCGAUUGCAGGAUGUUACCUUUAAAGCUGCAACAAUAACACAUUUGCUUGAGAACUACAGCAUUUUCACUUCGAUGCCAAGAGGCAGGCCUUUUUUCAUUUAUUUUUCUAGGCAAGUCAGUUGAGAACAAAUUCUUAUUUUCAGUGACGGCCUAGGAACAGUGGGUUAACUGCCUUGUUCAGGUGCAGAACGACAGAUUUUUACCUUGUCCUUUCGGGGAUUCGAUCUUGCAACCUUUCAGUAACGCUCUAACCACUAGGCUACCUGCCGCCCCAAAUGUUCUGUAAAUGUUCUUACCCCAGGCCUGAGACUUGGAUCGUUCAGCCAUACACUGCAGAAGUCGUGAUAACUCCUUGACAAUUUUUUUUAUCUCACUCUAGUUAUGAUUUCUGAGGGGUGUCCUGAUGAAUUUGCUAUCACAAAAGGGCUCCCCUCCCCAGCCCCAAAAAGUUUGCAAAUCCCUGACUUAGACAAUACCACCUGUGUGAUAAAGUGCAUGUUAGAUUAAGGCUUGAAGCAGAACCAAAGAUUGCGUCUAGUUUUAUAUGAAACUUGCCAUCACUGUCAUUGACAUUAGUAACAGACAUUUUGGCCUGGGUUGAUAUCCGUGCGUCCUGUUAGCUGUGUCAUUGAGAUCUACAUAGUAGUUCUGUGUUUGCACUUUAUGGAACAAGACACUGGUUAAUAUAGAGCUAUUUAAGAUAAAAUAUAGUUAUUAAAACCUACAUAAAGCCAUAGAAAGUGAAAUGUUUUGACGUUUACUUUAUUUUUAUUUACGUUAUUUUACAACACCACAAGUGCUUAAAAGAUGAAUCUGUAUUACAAAAAUAAAAUACAUUUCCUGUAUAGAUAUUUUAAAUUUCACUUGUUUUUCCGACUCCUGUAAUGGCUCUUUACAGGAUUGGUUGAAUGUUUCACAUAUGCAAUAAGUCUUUUGUCUCUUGUAACCCUUGUUUUUCCUGUUCAUUUUUUUGUGAAUAAAUAUAUUCUCCCAAACAUG